AUGAGCUCCCAGGGGUUUUCAUUUCCUCCUCCGCCACCCCCUCCUCCGACCUCUCAACCACCAGCCUUUCCCCCCUCCGCACCACCUGGACACUGGAAUGGACGCGGAGCUGGUGGACGCGGCCGCGGUCGUGGAAAUCGAGGUCGUGGAGGUGGUGGACAUCACCACCCGGAGGCUGGCCGGUCUUCCUAUACUCCUAUCUCCGGCUACAACUACGCGCCCGGAAAUUAUGGAUAUCCGACUCAACCAGCACCGCCAACGUCCUACAUGACUUCCCCGCCCUAUCCUCCCCAGCAAUCUAAUUAUCAACACCCUUCGGACCCGUCACAAUAUCAGUCUCCGCAAUCCUUCCCACAAUCUGCAGGUUCGCCCGCGUACCAACAGUUGCCAGGAUUCAAUACCCCGAAUAUCGGACACUCCGCCUACUCUACACAACCCACUACGCCCUACCCUGCCGGACGCUCAACACACCAGCAUGCCUCUCCUCCAGCAAAUCCGAUGAUGAUGGGCGCUAUGCCCUGGGGCUCAGAAGUGCAGGCUCCUCCCGGAUCGUACGGUGGAGCCCCACCUGCCCAUGGACGAGGCUCUUGGCCUCAACAGCACGGAAACCAUGGACCCAAAUCGCGAAACUAUCACAAACGGGAAUACUCGUCAGCUUUCAAUAAACCUCAGUCCACGGCGCCGCGAACACCGGCUGCCCCAGCCGUCCCAAGUUUUGGAAACCCGUUACCAUCGAAGCCACCACCCGCGGCAGAUGCUACGCGAAAGCCAAAGAAGAGGAAGAGAAAGCAUAAUCAGCUUGGCUUGACCCCGAAAACGGAAGACCACGAGUCUAGCGAGGAAGAGGAGGAUGCGGAUGAAGAAUCGAAAUUGGCCCAACCCGGUGCUGGAGUCGCAUCGCUUCAAUUUACGUACAAGGGACAAACGGCCAAACUGCAAUCGGCUGCGGAUAUUGCAGCCUGGAUUGCGGAACGACGGAAAAAAUUCCCCACGCAGGCUCGAGUCGACGAAAAGAAAAAGGCCAUGGAAGAGGCCAAGGCUGCUCGCGAUGCCGCGCGCGAGGCCGCUCGGCUCGAGAAAGAGAUGGAGAGAGAACAGGCCAAGCAGAAACAGCUCGAGCAGAGAUCCGAAGAGGCAGCAGAUCCUGCGCUCGAUGAGGCGAUGAAGGCGCAGCGCAAGGCUGACAAAAUACGGCGCAACCUCGACCGAGAGCAAAAACGAUUCGCCAAAGCCGAGGCGGCAGCAGAGGCGGCUCGUCUAAAGGUCGAAGCCCUACAGAGACAGGCACAGGGCCUGGAGGAGCCCACUCAGGUCAAUGGUCCAGCCGCUCCCGAACGCAAACCAGAAGCAGACCAGAAAAUUGAAGCGUCCGAUUCAGCUGACGCGGUGGAUCCGAUGGCUCUAGACGCUGUGGACACGGCGAAAACCGCGAGCUCUCAGCUUGUUGAGACCAGCUCCAUUCCUGCCGAGACAGUGGACGCCACCGUCGACCAUCUAGAGGGCGGCAUGGAUCUCUCGUCCAAUGUGUCUGACGCCAGCGACUGGACCUCGUCUAGUGGCUCCGAGUCAGAAUCCGAGUCGGACAGCGAUGAUGACGCUGCCCCAGAGGAAGCUAGUUCACGUCGCCAGGGACCUGAAAGGUGUAACCGGGGAGACAGCUGUCAAUUCUCACACGAGACCCCCGAGCGCGGCCCUAAGGCCAAGGCUAAGCCGGUUGAAAAGAAGGGGCGCAAGGGCCUUCUUCAGGCACUACUGGACCGGCAAAAAGAAGACGAGGAUCGCCAAGCCAUGGAAGUGAUUAGCUGGCUCGGGCAGAAUGGCCUGCUAGAACCCUCGAUCAGUUCGCAGGCGAACGGCGCCCCGCAAUAA